AUGUCAGCGGAGAACGGCAUCACAGCCUGGGUUAAUUCCCUACGGGAGUCGACUGAGAAGCGCUUUUUCUUAGGACACAUUAAAGAGUCUGCUAAUACUGACGCAGAAUACGACAAGCCGGCAGCGUUCCGCGUCUGCCUCUUUGGUCGAGCGCACAUGGCAGAUAUUCACCUGGCAGAUUGCUAUUGCUCCAGGCAGCAUGCUCUCAUCUAUUUCAACGAGGGAACUCCCAUGAUAAGGGAUCUAGACAGCCGAACAGGCACCACAGUCAACAACAUCGUUCUUGUCGGGGGGAGGGAUUAUCCUCUCACGCAUGGAGACAUCAUCUCGGUCGUUGGCCAGAGGUUCGCUUUCAUCUACGAAGAGGAGAAGCCACAGGAGCACGACGUCGACCGGAACCUUCCGGUUGUUUCUAUGGCCACCCACUCGUGCCCGUACUGCCAAAAAUUCAUCCCUGAGUUCUCUGUCGAGCUCGAGGCCUUACAGCAGCAGACAGAGAAGGUUCUGAAGGAGCUGCUGGCGAUGGAGGUAUCCUACAGAACCAGCAGAAUUAUAACCGAGAAGUUAUUCGAAAAGAUUGAGCUCGUCAAGCACCAUCACGAUGCAUAUCAUCACGAGCUUCUCGUGGAGGCCAAGGAGCGGCGCAUACACGAGCUGGAGGCCACAAGGGUGGCCGGGGCGAGCGUCGUAAUGGGCCGCUCACGCAUUGUCAUGGACCCAGAUGAGGAUGACGGCAACGACACAGACAGUCUGUCCAAAACUCACGAUGAUACAGAGCCCGAACUGAAGAGGCGAGGAAGCCUGAAGGUAGACGAUCUGGCCGUUUCAAAGGCCGCUGAAAAGCAGAAAAAGAAGGUCGCCUUUCUCCAGAAGUCAGAGCACAUAGGAGAUACAGAUAAGGAUACAGAUAAGAAAUCGGGAAUACUGAACAGCAUUAUGUCAUCCGUAGCCUUCUGGAAGAAGCCUCUUCCUACUGACAAGAAUAAGCAGCCAAUAGCAAGCCAAGCAAGUCAAGAGAAGAGUGACAGUGACUAUAUAGACAGCCGGGGUGGUAAUGAUGAUCAGAGUGAUAGUUAUAGCUAUAGCUACAGCAGUACUGGCAACAGUGGUAAUGGUGAUGGCAAUAGCAGCAGCAGCGAAGAUGAGAGCAGCAGCGAUAGCGAUGCUGGAGAGGAGCGCGUGGAACUGCGUUCUUACAACGGACCAAGCGAACCAAAGCCCGGGGCGAAGAACGAAGUGAUCAAACCUAAGGGAAAGGCCUACGGCAAGGACACUCCUGCUCCUCCACGAUAUGAGUUCGAUGAUGAAAGUGAGGACUGA